AUGGCGCUGCCAGGUGUAUCGCACUAUGAGCGGAUACCCACGCGGACCAAGAUCCAGUUCUUCUGGAUCUCUAUGCUGACGAUGGGCUUUGCUUAUCAGUUUCUCAAGAUGACGGUGCUACGUGUGCAGCCGAAGCGUGAGGAGCAGAUGUAUUUGCACAUUCAAAAGGUGUACGGAGACAACGUUCCGGAGGAGCUGCUGAGGCGUGCAAAGCGCCAGCGCGAGGCGCAAGACGCGCUGGCGCUGACAAACAUGCUGCGCACCCCAACGCCUGGUCAGACAUCGAACGCACUGCAGAACGAGCUCGACCCUCGCGCCCUCAUCAGUCUCAGGAGCUGGAACGGGCAUUAG